AUGACAACCACUAUUCGAAUUGGCUACGUUCCUGAGCACUUUUCUACUCCUUUAUACAUUGCCCGUGACAAUGAUUAUUUUAAAAAGACAGGUGUUGAGGUUGAAUUGGUCUUAUGUCCAGGCGGCACUGGCGAAAUGACCUCUAAACUUCAAGAAAAGUCUAUUGACUUGGCUAUUGCACUUACAGAAGGACUUGUUGCUGGUAUCAGCAAGGGCCAAGACUGGUACAAGAUCGUUGGCACCUACGUCGAUGCUCCACUUUGUUGGGCGCUUUCUGCAGGAAAGGAAUCCAAACACAAUUCUGUUGAUACACUUCGUAAUACCAACUGUGCUAUCUCUCGUUACGGCUCGGGAUCUCAUAUUAUGGCCUAUGUAUUAGCUGACCAACAAGGAUGGCUUGAGAAGGAUAAGAAACCAUUUGGCUUCAAUGUUCUCAAUAACUUCAAGGCUAUGCGCGACUCAGUAAAUGACGGAAGCUCUGAUUAUUUCAUGUGGGAAACUUUCACGACCAAACCCUACCAUGACUCUGGAGAAGUCAAACGCCUCGGACAAAUCACGCCCCCCUGGCCAGCAUUCUUAUUUGCUGCUCAUACAGAUCUAUUACAAAACCAUACUGAAGAGUUGAAGAAAGUCUUGAGUGCAAUUCAGGAAGCCACUAAGCAGUUUAUGGACCAAAAGGAUAGAGAAUCUGUUCAAAAAGUUAUCGAUAUCUUGUCUUAUUCUGCAGAAGAUGUCAAGAACUGGUUCAAAACAGUUUCCUAUGCACCUCAUCACCAUCAAGUUUCACGUAGUGCAUUGGAAGUGACUUUAUCCACUUUAUUGAAAGCCGAUGUCAUAACUGAACCCACCAAAAAAGUUGAAGAACUUUGUGACCUUCAAGUUGCUGAAUUGAUUAAUUAA